ACGGCGCUGUACCAGUCGCAGCAGAGCGAGAUGGCAGCGCAAGACGGGCAGCUCGACGCAUUGAGUCUGAGCAUUGCGCGGCAGCGCGAGCUGGGCAUCCAGAUGGGCGACGAGCUCGAGCUGCAUGGGCAGCUGCUCGAGGAGAUGGACACCGCUGUCGAUAGCACGGCCAACCGCCUCGGCCGCGCACAAGGGCGCAUGGACACGCUCGAGCGCAGCCUCAAGCAGAACACCUCGUCCUACGUCAUCGGCAUGCUCAUCGUCAGCCUCAUCCUCAUCAUCUACUUCUUCAAGUAG